AGCUUAAAUAUCAGAGAUUUCUUGUACACUGCCCGUACGAAAGAGUCCUCUCUUCUCUCAUCUUUUUUUGCUUCGGUUUUCUCUUCUUCCUCUCUCUCUCUCAAAACCCAAACAAGGACUCCAUCUAAGCUCUCCUAUGCAAUUUGGGAGCUGCUUUCUGAGUUCGAAGGAGGAAUAUUAAUUACUUGAAGCCAACCCGGCGAGAUAUAUUAAAUUAGCGAAAUGGAGGGAGAGAGCAAGGGCAAGGAGGAGACGCUGCCGCCGGGGUUUAGGUUUCACCCGACGGACGAAGAGCUCAUCACUUUCUACCUGAUGAACAAGAUAUCUGAUGCUAACUUCACUGGAAGAGCAAUCACCAAUGUCGAUCUCAACAAGUGCGAGCCAUGGGACCUUCCAGGUAAAGCGAAGAUGGGAGAGAAGGAGUGGUACUUCUUUAGCCUUCGAGAUCGGAAGUACCCGACUGGUGUGAGAACCAAUCGGGCAACAAACACUGGCUACUGGAAAACCACGGGGAAGGACAAGGAGAUCUUCAACAGCACCACAUCCGAGUUGGUCGGGAUGAAAAAGACACUAGUCUUUUACAGAGGGAGAGCUCCGAGAGGAGAGAAAACUAAUUGGGUCAUGCAUGAAUAUCGUAUCCACUCCAAGUCUUCCUUUCGAACUACCAAGGAUGAGUGGGUUGUCUGUCGGGUCUUCCAGAAGAGCGCUGGUGCAAAGAAGUACCCCACCAACCAGUCAAGGGCCAUCCCUCCCUACAGUCUUGAAAUUGGCCCAAGCAUCGUACCGCCCACGAUGAUGCCGGCUAAUGAAAACUUCCAGUUCCUUGGAAGAAACUACCCAUGCGGUCCCGACCUGAGUGAGCUCAACAGGGUCUUACGAAGCGGAUCCAUUGGCAUGAACCCACAGAUGCAAGCCCCGUUUAACCCAGCCGCUGGGGCUGCUGGUUGCUUUACGAUUUCUGGCUUGAACCUGAACCUUGGAGGCGCAACAUCUGGUCAGCCGGUCCUCCGGCCGAUGCAGCCUCCUCCAGGUCUAAACCCCCAGGAGGUUGCUAAUUCCUCUAUGAUGGCUACGACCAACCUUGGUCCCGAGACAAGCUAUGGCGGCGACAUCAACAAUGCAAGUGUCCCCAGCAACAGAUUCAUGGGGAUGGAUCAUUGCAUGGACUUAGAUGGCUAUUGGCCCUCCUAUCAGUUAGAUCAGUAGUUCCAUAAGCAACGACAUAAUUGGUGGUUUUAUUAUAUGAUAGACACGUUUUUAGCCAAAAAAAAAACACAUGUUUUUAGCAACGUUUGCAUUAAAAAAAAAAAAGAAAUGUAGUUUUCUUGUCUUGGGUUACGAAAGAAUAACCACGUCCCGGGCAUUUAUAUUAAUGAUAGUAGUUAUAUCUUUUCUUCCUUCAUAGGAUAACGUUUGAAGCAAGUUUGAUGAAUUUGCGUCGUCAAGAAAUGUUGCAUUCUGUAUCGCAUAAUUUCCUUUAUUUGUAAAGAAUUAUAUUACUGAAGAGUUUCGGCCACUAAAUGGAUGAAUAUUGUUCCGCAA